CGGAAAUUCCGAUAGCCUAUUUAUACGCUCGCGGGUCCACUCUAAAUACAAAAUAAAGGUUGGAGACAGAGAAAAAAAUAAAUUUAAAAAUGGCUUGGAAACUUGUACCAAUAUGGUCUGGUAAUUUUGAUUUCUUUGGCCGUCAGAGGGAUUUAUUCUCCGACUGGCUCGAGCACUUUGAUGAUGACUGGCGCGCAGUUACUUUUAAUGAUUCGCUACAGAGAUUCGACCGGGAACUGGAUAGAGUCCGGAGGGAGCUGUACAAAAUGGAUGCCAAGCCAUCUAUGCUGAAUGUUGAGCAACCCUUUAUAACAGAUCCUUCCGGCAACAGAAAACUUUCACUCCGUUUUGAUUGUAGUCAGUUCAAACCAGAGGAGAUUACGGUGAAAACCUUGGACAACAAGCUUAAUGUUCAUGCCAAGCACGUUGAGGAAGGGAAAGGGCGGAAGAGUUACCAGGAGUUUACCAGAGAAUACACACUUCCGGAAAAUGUGGAUCCAAAGCAGUUGAAGUCGCAUCUAUCUUCUGACGGUGUUCUGGAGAUCGAGGCUCCGGCGCCAAAAGCUGUUGAGGCUCCUAAAGAGGUUUUGAUUCCUAUCGAACAUCUUCAUAGCAAGGAGAGCUCUGACAAGGGAGAUAAAAAGUAAAUCAACAGUUGUCGUCAUUGUUCAUGUUGAGAAAAGACUUACUAUGUUGUAGGACAUUAAGAGAAUGUUUAAGUUUUGUUACUGAUUACCUUAGCUUACAAGAUUGUAACAUUUAAAGUCUAUCGAUGGUCUAUCGAUGAGAUUUGUAUCACCAAGGUGUUUUUUUAUUUCUUUUACCUGCUCUUUUUUGUCUAUUUUUCCAUUAAUUAGAAACAAGACACAUUCAAUAAAGUUGAUGUUCACAAAAA